GGACUUUUGCGGGUCAUGGAAGACCAGAUGAGUAGCUUAUCUUGAGGGACGCAAGUAAUAGACCAAAUAUAGAGCAGCUAUUUCAGGAAUCAUGUAGGUCAUUUAAUUAUCCAUUAUGAUUGAGUGGCUAAUGCUCUUUUGGCAAUUACAUGACCUCUGUUAUUCUUGAAACCUUUCCAGGCCCUCAUGGGUCGAAUGACCCACCAGUCAGUGCUCGCAGACUUCAUUCCACUCAGAAGGAAAGAUGUUGGGAACCACUGGCAUUUAGAAAUGGCUAUGCUUUCUCUACCAGCCACUACCCAGAAUGUCCUUUGUACAGCAGUCAAUGAUAGGCACCUGGUUUUGAAGUCCACUGUUUCUUCCUUGUCUGAAGGAUGAAAAGGGGUAUGUUGGUUUCGACAAGAAGAAUUGUGGCAAAACAAACUUCAAUACCAAAGGUGGCUAUUAUGGUAUUCACAGGUUUAGGAGCAUAUAUAUGGUAUUAAAAUUAAUGUUUGAUAACUGUCAAAUCAAUCAUCUGUUACUAAACUCUGAAGUUAGUGAGGUGACUUUUUCAUUUUAUAACAACAAUAAUUCUAUUGAUAAGGGCUAAUAUAUUUUAGAAGAUCAUUGAUUAAAAUUAACCCAAUUUAAAUUUCACCACUAAAGUGAUUAAUUAAAAUUGAAGGCCACUUUAAAAUUGAGAUGCUGAUCAAAUAUAGAAUAAUUCUGAAACAUUUGGAUUAUUAUUUCUAAAUUUUUUUUAAUCUACAAAGGAUGAUUAGUAUUUCCAAAGAAAACUCUCUGCUCCUGCUAAAUGAUAGCAAACACUUGAUUUUUAUAAUUGUGGUAAUUUAUGGGGUAAUUUUGACAAAAGAAAAUAACGUAGGUUUCUUGUGACUCUUCAAAUUUGAGGACAUUCGUGGUGUGGAAAGUCAUGCCAACAUAAUCAAAUUAGUUUUAGGAUUUGUCAGACGUGUACAAACAAAAUCCUGUGUGGUUAGCAAAAUGGCAGAGUGGAGGUAUACAGCCAUUCUUUAGCAUUCCAAUAAUUAAAGACUAGGCUUAAGAGGAAUAAUUUUGUUAGAAUAACACAACACACAUACAGGUAUUUACACACAUUGUUUAAGCAGAAACCACUUGCAUUGGCAUAGAAAGAAGCAAUUCCUUCUAUUGGAAGAAAAGUCUUUUUAAAUCUGUUACUUACACAACAGAAAGCAUUAUUGGGGGAGGAGGAGGAGGAAACAGCCUACAAUGUUGUUUUUCCCUCGGGCAGUGAAAUUAGUCGUCUUCCCAGAUAAAUUUAUUAAGAUAUUCCUGGUAGAACUCCCAGGUUAAUCCGUUUGGGUUUUUAUUUUGUUGCUUGGUAAUAUUAAUAAAUGAAAAAUUGAACACAUGAAUUGGUGUUUAUAACCUUUGACCUUUCAGAAAUAGGCUUCUCACUUAAAUUUUAAAUCCUUUAGACAGAGACUACCUUGGUGUCUGGCUACUUAGGGACCUACGAGAAUGCAGUCAAUUUAAGUUAUAUUAGCUAUUUUCUAUUUAAAAACAUAUUUUCCCUCAUUUUAAUUUUCUGAUCUCUAGUUGUAAUGGAGGAACAGAAAAUGAGAACACAUUUAUAGUAAAAGCAAAAGUUACAGAUUAAACCUCAAGGAUCCUGAAUAAGGAAUAAGUUAGUAUACUUGGCAUUUUAAGAGGAACAGCAAGGGAUAAACCAAAAUGUGAUGUGAUUUCUUAUGGACAUACUGGUGUUCUCUAAGACAUCCCCUCCAAGACCUAUGUUGGGCCAUGUUUUUCAGCCUUGGAAACCAUAAAUCUAUAGAAAUCAGUGAGAGGGGAUGGUAUUUGUAAUUUUUAAAGACCUGAAAAGUCAUUAAGAUUGUAUAAUUAGUGAGAAAGUCCUCAGAAUAAUAAGAAAGCAAAAGAGAGUGAUUACGUUAGGGCUAGUUCAUAAUAGAAAUAUAGACCCAAACAUAAAUCUUAACCAAGCCCAAUCUGGUUUCAGAAAUUUACUUACUUAGUUGGGGUGAUUUUACUUUCAUUGCAAAAUGGGUAUAUAUUACGGUGUAUCAACUUUAAAGGAAUCUUAAGUUUCUUUCAAGGUAUUGGUCAAUUAAGUGGGAACUCCAAAUCAGGGAAGAUACCUAAGGUGAUGAAAGUCAUUUAGCAGAAAAAAAUCAGAAACAAGGAUGCCAGAAGUAACAAUUCUGCAGAGAGGAAAAGGAUUUUGGCUUAUGCCCUAGGAGUUCUAUGUAGUUCUCAACCCUAUUUUGAGAAAUCAGAAAGAUCUACAUAAUGCAGAUGUCUUUGAAACAAAAAUAACCAGAUGUCCUUAUUAGUAGAAGCAAAUGUUUGCCUCUUAAUUCAUACAAAACGAUAUGCAGUGGAUCUUGGAUGAAAUAUUGUGUAAAUACGGCAGCAGAGAAAAUUGUGGCAUGAAAAGAAUAAAUGAUGGGGUAAAAUCUUGGAGAGUAAAAAAAAAUUCUUUAUUAUUCAUGUGGAUUUAAAAGUAAGAGAGGUAAUUAAGCUAAGUAUAUUUUUGUUCACAUGAUAGGUGAGCUUGGCUCUUUAUUAUGUAUGUCCUUCUAUCCCAAAUCCCCCUAGUGAAUUUUUACUCAUUUUACCAUGUUUAUUUAGCUACUUUAUGCAUUGUCAUUGUAUUUUAAGUAGUGUAACAUAUUAUGAAACUCACUUUUUUUUUUUUUUCUGGCCUAAUGGUAGUCUUAGUUUUGUGAAGAAAAACAAACAACCUGCGGUAGUAUAUAAAAGCCCCUUUUGUAAGCCUAUAGGAUCACUAUGAGUUGGGAUCAACUCAACAGCAAUGGGUUUUUUUGGUUUGCAACCCUGUUGGGAGUUUUAAAAUAUUAAGCCACAUUGUUAUAAAUAGGUAUGCGGUUUGGUGACUGCAUUGGGAUGGUAAAGAGAAUAAAAUGUAAUAGAUCUACUUGAAAGGGUAAGAUAUAAAGUUUUUUUUUUUUUUUAAUCAAGCUUUUUAGAGCCAAAAAACCUUUAGAGUGUAAAUGGACUGUUACUUCUGAUGUGGAGCAUAUUAACAUAAUUACAAACUGUUUUAUAUACUCAUAGUCAUUGUUAAGUUGAUGUUCAAACCUUUGAUUAAGAAGUCACAAAGCUGAAUGUGUUCAGACAGCUGUGUAAUAAUAUCUUUGCUAUUCACAAAACAGAGAUAACUGUUUUAACUUUCUUCUGUCCCCGUAUUUAUUGCUAUAGAUUUGUCCUUCUCCUAUAGCUAUACUUUUAAUGGUGAAAUAUUAAAAUGCAGUAUUGUGUUAUAUUCUAUAACUUGAAAGUUAACAAAAGCAAGGCUGCUCAUUUAUGCCAUUGCCUUGUCACUCCCUGGUGCAGCUCCUCUUAUCGGAGUAUCUCAGAGCUUAGUUGAGCUUGUUUAUCUUAAAAGAGCAGGAGGCAGGCUUUUAGGGAGUAAGCUACAUGUUCCAGCAUAACAGGCACCAAUGCUGUUUGACUGGAAAAACAUUUGAUCUCUUACAUUAACAGCCCAUGUCACUGUAAUAGGGACUACAGCUGGGCUGUUGUUCAGUUUUCUAUUAUUUUAGCUUUGAAAUAGCUGUUAGUGCUGCUCCAAAAUCUCCGUGUGUAAAAUUGUAUAUUGGCUGUCCCCCCAGGACUCGUAAGUAAACAAGGUGAUAUGUGUGACCAGAGGGAGCAUAUUUUGUUAGCUUUGUUUUUAAAUAAGAACCUUCCCUAUCUAAAAAUGCUUUUUGUCUAAUCCCUAAUACUGUGCUGCAUGUCUUUGCUUGUAUAAAAUUGCAGACCUAGCAAUAUCUUAAAGCAUAUUUUUGUUUGUUAUUAAUGUGUGCUCAGUAACUAUUCAUUAUGAACUUUUGUAUUUUUUCUCUAAUAAUGAAACAUUUGAUUUUUUCAUGAAGCUUAACUUCAAAGAUCCUGCACAGUUCCCCUAAGUAUAGCAGUUUGUACGACAUGAAAAUGGGCAAGCAAGGAUUUAAGGGCCAUCUAAGAUGCAACAGUUGGUCUCAACCCACAUGGAGCAAAGGAGAAUGAAGAAUGCCAAAGACACAAGAAAUAUCACCCCCCAGGUUACUUCUGGAAACAUAUCCAAAAUACAUCCCUGAGAUCUAAUGUCAUGAGAUUUAUUGAAUUCCUCUGAGAGAGAAGACUGUAAUAAUGGCGAACCCCCUAGGAAGAUAAUACCAGAGAAGAAUUCACUUAGACAGACUUACAACAGCUGCACCAGACUCUGCUUAAACCAAGAAACAGUAUGUCUAGCAAGUACUGCUAUGAAGACUGAAAAUUGUGUGGCCAAAACAAAACUUGCCAAUGGCACUUCCAGUAUGAUUGUGCCCAAGCAACGGAAACUCUCAGCAAGCUAUGAGAAGGAAAAGGAACUGUGUGUCAAAUAUUUUGAACAGUGGUCAGAGUCCGAUCAAGUAGAAUUUGUGGAACAUCUUAUAUCCCAAAUGUGUCAUUACCAACAUGGGCAUAUAAACUCGUAUCUUAAACCUAUGUUGCAGAGGGAUUUCAUAACUGCUCUGCCAGCUCGAGGUUUGGAUCACAUUGCUGAGAACAUUCUGUCAUACCUGGAUGCCAAAUCGCUAUGUGCUGCUGAACUUGUGUGCAAGGAAUGGUACCGAGUGACAUCUGAUGGCAUGUUAUGGAAGAAGCUCAUUGAGAGAAUGGUCAGGACGGAUUCUCUUUGGAGAGGCCUGGCAGAACGAAGAGGGUGGGGACAGUAUUUAUUCAAAAACAAACCUCCUGAUGGGACUGUGCCUCCCAACUCUUUUUAUAGAGCACUUUAUCCUAAAAUUAUACAAGACAUCGAGACAAUAGAAUCUAAUUGGAGAUGUGGAAGACAUAGUUUACAGAGAAUCCAUUGCCGAAGUGAAACAAGCAAAGGAGUUUACUGUUUACAGUAUGAUGAUCAGAAGAUUGUAAGUGGCCUUCGAGACAACACAAUCAAGAUCUGGGAUAAAAGCACAUUGGAAUGCAAGCGAAUUCUCACAGGCCACACAGGUUCUGUCCUGUGCCUCCAGUAUGACGAGAGGGUGAUCAUAACCGGAUCAUCGGAUUCCACGGUCAGAGUGUGGGAUGUAAAUACAGGUGAAAUGCUAAACACAUUGAUCCACCAUUGUGAAGCAGUUCUGCACUUGCGUUUUAAUAAUGGCAUGAUGGUGACCUGCUCCAAAGACCGUUCCAUUGCCGUAUGGGACAUGGCCUCCCCAACUGACAUUACUCUCCGGAGGGUGCUGGUUGGACAUCGAGCUGCUGUCAAUGUUGUAGACUUUGAUGAUAAGUACAUCGUUUCUGCAUCUGGGGAUAGGACUAUAAAAGUAUGGAACACAAGUACUUGUGAAUUUGUAAGGACCUUAAAUGGACACAAACGAGGCAUUGCCUGUUUGCAGUACAGAGACAGGCUGGUCGUGAGUGGCUCGUCUGACAAUACCAUCAGAUUGUGGGACAUAGAAUGUGGAGCAUGUUUACGAGUCUUAGAAGGCCAUGAAGAAUUGGUGCGCUGUAUUCGAUUUGAUAACAAGAGGAUAGUCAGUGGGGCCUAUGAUGGAAAAAUAAAAGUGUGGGACCUUGUGGCUGCUUUGGACCCUCGUGCUCCUGCAGGGACCCUGUGUCUACGGACCCUUGUGGAGCAUUCUGGAAGAGUUUUCCGACUCCAGUUUGAUGAAUUUCAGAUUGUCAGUAGCUCCCAUGAUGACACAAUCCUCAUCUGGGACUUCCUAAAUGAUCCAGCUGCCCAAGCUGAACCCCCCCGCUCCCCUUCUCGAACAUACACCUAUAUUUCCAGAUAAAUAAUCAUACACUGACCUCAUACUUGCCCAGGACUCGUUAAAGUUGCGGUAUUUAAUGUAUCUGCCAAUGCCAGGAUGAGCAACAACAGUAACAAUCAAACUACUACCCAGUUUCCCCGGACUAGCCGAGGAGCGGAGCUUUGAGACUCCUGUUGGGACGCAGUUGGUCUGCAGUCGGCCCAGGACGGUCUACUCAGCACAGCUGACUGCAUCAGUGCUGCUAUCAGAAGAUGUCUUUAUCUUUCGUGGAUGAUUGGAACUUUUAAACCUCACUUCCCCCUCCUCUCUUCCCCUCUGCACCGUUUUUCCCCAUUUGGUUCCAGACAAAGAUGACCUAUAAAUAUAUUUAGUGUUUUGCCAGAAUCUCUCUUGCUUUGCCAUUAAGCAGAAGAACUAGUUACCCUGUAUAGCCUACUGGGAGAGACCCACUUCUGGGAAACAGGGGAUGUGACUUCAAGCCAGACAGUACCCAGUGUCUCCCUGUGAACUGCAGUAGUGUCCAGCACCUGGCAAGAUCAACCCAACCCAGUCCCACCAUGCUUAGGAGGAGACAGCGCUCUUUCUGUCUAGGCUCUGGGGCAAGAGGGGGAGAGGAAACCAAAACGUGCACACUGGAGGAUCUGGGCCUCUUUCCUUCCUCUUCCUUCUCGGUGUCUGCCCUUCUUUUCCCUCCCUUCUGCAGCCUGCUUCUCUGCUCCACUCAAAGUAUGUGAAGAGAAUAUCCUCAAUUAGCAUGAGGCAGAUAAGCCAGAACAUGCAACACUUGGAAGAGUUAAAUGCAGUUCAGUCAAAAUUUCAAAUCCAGUCUUUUGCUGCAAGUGGCCUUAUAUGGCAACAAUGGAUCCUUGGACAUGGUAUUCUCAUCAUAUUUGUACUUCUCUCUUCUCCCCCCACCCCUACCAAAAGAAAAGGGGCAGAAAUUUCCUGGGCUCCAUCAAUUGCUGCAUCUUUCCUGGACUCAGCAGUCUCCUCGAUUCCAUGUAGGGUGUGGAAAGGAGUUGCUGAUUGCAUUUCCGCUCAUUAAGGAUUAGAUGUGUAAUAAAAAGCAUUGUACUUCAUCUUAAAUCACAGCCAAGGCUCAGCCUACAGAAAGGUUUGAAAUGGCCAGGGCUGAUCCCUCCGUGCAUUUUGCAUAAUGGUUCACGUCUGUGAUUUCCUUAUCAGGGCAUGUGAGCAUCCAAGCGCCCGCAUAAGACCACACUUAAGAGAUGGUCAGGAGUAAAAGCUGAUUUUUUUUUUUUUUUCACUUAUACAAGUAAAUAGCAUCUCUCAAAAAAUCAAUCUAACCAUCUCAACUUUGCUCUGCAGAAUGUUCUGCUUUUCCCAGACCCAGUAUUUAUAAAAGGGCAAAGCUGCCAGAGAGAGGAUCAGGGUGAAGUUUGGCACACAGGGUUUAUCAAUGGGGCAGAAACUGCCUUCUCUUUCCUUUUCUUCCUCCUCCUGGCCUUAUUUUGCUUUCCACUCUCCCCAGCCAAAACUGUUUCUCCGCAGUUGAUAAACAACCUCAACAAGUGGACCUCAGUAAUGGCCAGGCUGACAUGGCCACUUGCAAGGCAGCUGUAUGGGCUUCCAAGCCAAUGGGCUUCAGGUACAAAGGCACAUUUGCCAUACCAACCUGGGAGCACAGGGUAAUCUAUUAGCAUGUGCCCAGCUUGUUCCCGGAGGCAUGAGUGGGCCUGCAGGAGCAAUCUUACAUGGCAUGGGCACACCCAUCAAAGGCCCCAAGGCCACAGUGCAGUCUCAAGUUUCCCUUGGAAGCAGAGCAUUCAGGCCCAUUGUUUCCAUUCCUAAUCACAGCAGUUGUGUAAAAGACAGAGACUUUUUAUCAGUGGCUGUAAAGACAGCAGAAUGGGAGAGAGUUGCAGGUGACCUCAAUGCCAGGCCACCUUUAGUUCCCCAGAUGGAGAGGGGAGAAGAAAGCAUCUUCACUCUUCCCUCUGAUUUGCAAGAAGGUACCCUCUUUUCCAGACUGAAUAUUAUUAAUACGUAUAGAGGGACAGGUUAUGCAUAUGCACUUUUCCUUUCCUGGCUUAUCAGUACUUUUGAGCUUUGAGUUCCAAAUUAUAUUCAUCAAAUAUUUCCCAGUGUAAUGACUUGCCUUUGCUUGGAAAAUAAUUUGUGAGUAUAAUUGCCUUCCCAAUUACCCAAAUGCUGUGGAGAAAUGCUUUCUAUUUAGCCACUAUCAGGAUUCUUGUCUGUUCUUUUGACUGUUAAUGGCUUUUUGAUUCAUUAAGAAUUUUGCUACAGAUGAUGGCAGGAGGCUGUCAGUCCUGAGACACACACAGGUCAAACAUGAAAGAGGCAUGGAUUUUUACCUGUUUGAAAAUGUCCAAUAGCCAUAACUUGACUAACCCUUCUGUUAUAUGCUGCUAUUCAAAAGUGGGAGCUAUUGAAUUUUCAUUGGUGCCCAGGGUAUGGCUGUCCCAUUGAGGUUCAGUGGAGGGUGUAUUGUUUCUAAGACGGUUUUGAAGCUUGUCCAGUGCACCAUAAAUGAGAUCGAGGGUGGGCCCUGCAGGUCUGGAGCCAUCAGCUCAGCUGGGGAUAUUCUACAAGUUGUCCCCUCUGCUGUUGAUGGAAAUGGGAAUGAAGUUAAGUGGUCUGAAAAACUUGAAUCGUUCACAUUUCUCAGCUCUGGGGGUCAUUUACCAGUUCAUUGUAGAAGAAAUAAUCAGGUAAGUAGAAGUUCAUUUCCAGAGAAGGUAAACCCUACUUACCAUCUCUGCAUGAUUUCGGUGGAAAUUGAUUAUCACCAAUCCCCAGCUGGGCCGGAAUAAAUGUAAAGUUUGACCUUUUUAAAAAGAAAAGAGAAACAAAAAGACUCAACACACUUAAAGGAAUGGUAGAAAAGGAGCUGAAGGUGUCCCUUGGCUCUGAAAUGUAAAGUCUCCGUUGUAGAUUAGUCCCUCUCACUGAAGUUUGCUUUCCAUCGUGAGGCCAGACAAACCUUUCGUGCAGAUGGGAUGAAACCCUUCAAAGGCUGGUGAGGUGCACGUGCAUGCACCUGUCCCUGUCAUGGGCACGUAUGACCCCUCGGUUCACACUGGAGCUGCUCAGAGAGAAAUAGCAUGCCUUGCUACACGUGUAUAUUUUUACUGCUAAGAACAUUCUUAUACCUUCUUAGAUGCAAUUUGAAAGUGGACAUUAACUGUGAACGGGGGCCUUCUGUACUUGUUCGUUGGCAAAAUUCUUUCUGGUGACUCCUAACUUCAGAGACAGGGGCUCUCUUUGGAACCCUAUUGACAAGUAAUAAAGUCAGGCUAUCGUAACUCUAACUUGUUUUUAAACUGAAAAAGACCUUGAAACCCUGAAAUCAUUCUGUUUUUUGCUUGAGUAAGAAAAAUUCUUUUUAUUUUCCUUUUGUACAAUCAAAAGCUGAAGAAAACAUGCACUCUCUUCCCUUGCUGUCUCCUAGUACCCACUGGUCUAAACAGCUGUGGUUGGGCUACUCCCUUAUUUAGCACUUGGUUGUGUACAGAAACAAAGGGCUUGGGAUGAAGGGGUGGUGGGGAAUAUUGGAAAUAAUUAGGAUGAUUUUUUUUUUUUUUUUCCUAGAAUUGGAUUAGACACUUUGGUGUUGUUGGCCUUCUUAGUGUCUUCAUUUGCCUUAGAUGGUAAUACCUUCCUGCCUAAAGUGGGAACAAUUCAAACAUGAAUAGUGCAGGCCUGAGGGGCUAGGCAGCAAGCUUGAUUUUGAGGAAUCCAAGGUCCUUAUAG